AUGUAUCCUAUGUCCUUAGACAGUAUGGCACCGCGAUCGAAAGAGAGUAGACCGCCAAAGGACGAAAAGAACAUGGAUAGUGGCAAAGAAAAAAAUCCUAAUAAACAACAUCAAGAAAUCGAAAAAACUAAUAAAAAAGAUCGGAAGCAUUCUCAUGGUGUUGCAAAAAAUUUACAGUUUUUUGAGAGCUUAAAAAAAGUUGCAAAGUCAAAUAAAGUGAAAGAAAACCGCGAUACUGAAAAAGUUUUGGAAAAAGUUCGAUCGGAGUUGUUGGCUGUUGAAGAAGAAUGUAUUCAACAGGGCAUCAGUGAAGAAGAAUUAAAGGCGGUUUUUGCACCUUUAAACAGGUUGCGGAAACGUAUACAGUACGAACGAUCAUUUGUCUUCGCCUCCGUCUGUUUUGUUCUCGUAUCUCUCGUGUGGUAUCUGGCGCCGCUCUGGCUGACGUGGGGCGUCAGCGCCGUCGGAAGGGUCGCCCUGGUUAAGAUUCUGCCCUACUGGGAUUGGAGACCGCUGGCUGGUGCCAAAUGUCUCUUUGGACAUCGUUCGACUGAUCAGGGAUCGAAUUAUGGUGACAAUUUGGAUAAUGGAUUGAUGGAAACUGAUUGUGAUGUUUGUGAACUUUUGGUUGAUAUAGACAGAAUAAAUGACACAUCUAGUGAAUAUUUAAGAGAAAAUUAUUUUUCUCGAGGAGCUCCUGUAAUCGUAACUGAUGUGGAUCAUCCCUCAAAUUCUCUAAUCGAAUCCAUAUCCUUAAAUGACCACCUUCUAGACACUUACCCUUGCGACGUUUAUACAAAUCUACAAUUAGCACCUUUUGGCACAGUACGAGAAUUGGUAAACAAAUUUACCCAAUCGACUUUGAACAGUACAUUUCUUUAUAUGGAAAAUUGUGAGAAACCUGCUGUAAAAGCCUCGAGAUUAUUAGCCGAAAAACCGUAUUUCUACUCUCGACAUCUACCUUCACCGUAUCUAAGUUGGGUUUUGGUCUCUGAAAAUUAUGAUGGAACUUGGAAGAAUAUUCAUGUUGAUGGUUUGGCAACGUUUUACCAGUUACGAGGAAGUUUUGAAGUGAAAAUGCGUCCAAAAACACCUUGUGAUGAGAUUUGUUUUGAAUUAGAAACUACAAUUAGAGCUGGGGAAACAAUGGUUUGGAUUUCGAUGUUGUGGCAUUUUGAAUUACGCGCCAUAUAUGGAGAGAAGAGUGAAGCGUUUUUAAGUGUUACGAGUGGUAAUCCAUAA